AUGACAGAAGACACACAAGGGCAGACGGGUGUCUUGCGCGGGCCACAGAUGGGCGGCGGGCGGAAGAUAGCCUGCAGUCACGUGGUGCGGCAAGUACCGGUGACUAAGCGGGAGGCAAAAGGGUCGCCAGACCAAGAUGGAAACAGACGGAAUUCAAUGAAAAGAAAGGGACUAGGGGGAAAGUUGCAGGUGAGAGAAGACGAGAUAAGGAGAAUGUCAGUUGGAGCUCAAAUGCUCGUCAAUCCACAAUCUGCACGCCAGAAACAGGUGUUGAUGCCUGGAAGAACUGAAAGGGGGCUGAAGGAGAGAUGGAGCGCAGUCCAGGGGCAGCCGAGGACACAAAGGGCGCGUGACCGGCGCGCAGCAGCUCUCAGCUCAGCUCCAGAAACAGAGACUGAGAAAGUCGGAGGGGGUGCUAGAAUCCUUAAGUACGAACGGUCGCGUUGCGCCCGUCCGUCCUCUGCCGCUAACUCCAUCGGCCACGCUAGUCCCAAUUAUUCUAGUUCAAGCCAUUCCGCAGCCGCUGAUUGGUCCAGGGAUGACGCGUUCUACGAGAUACGAGUUGUUAUUGGUUGUGACCAACCCUGGACGGUGGACCCAGGUUCCGGGUACCAAAAGUUCCCUUUGUCGGAAACAUCGAAAACAACAAGAGAGGUGAAAAUGCAACCAGGCAUUCCACACCUCCCAAACUUUGGGGGAAUAACGAUCGGCACAGAGCCCCCAUCAUCCCAUAUUAUCGACGAGAUGCAUCGUGAUGAUACUGAAGGUGAUGCAUCAUGUAUCGGGGUGAAGCCUGUUGAGCUGGACGCCGAGCCAGGCUGUGGAGGUCACCAGACCUGA